UGCCACUCUGCAGGGUUCAUGUUGAGUUGUGUGGCCCAAGCAGAGCCCGCACUCAUUUACAAAUGUUUUCACAACCUGCCAGAAGGUAAAGGCCAAAUCCUGGUGUGGUUUGGGGUUUGUGAUGGAGCCCAGAUUGCCACAAGCCUACGGCACAAGCUCAGCUGCAGCCCGUGCAGCUCAGGACGUGGCCUGGGGGGCACUGGAGCAGAGGCAUUGCUGACCCAAGCUGUGUUCUGUGGGAAGAAGGGAGGAGCAGGAGGUGCUGCCCUGGCUGGGAGCUGCCCUGAGCCUCCCUCACAGCUGCGGCCUUCCUGCUGUGCCUGAGGAGCUGCAGGCCGCGGCCUACACCCGGCACCGCUCCUGGUCUCCUUGUGCAGGGCUCAGGGGCAGCUCCUCAGGGCCGUGCUGGGUUCUCUGCCUGUAAGAGUGGCCUGGUGGUCCCUUGUGGGCCUGCAGCCAGGGCAAGGAGCCGGCAUCAGCCUUCUUCCCUAGGAAGUGAAAAAAAGAUGCCACUGAAACCGUUCACGUACCCACUGCCUGAGACCAGGUUUCUGCAUGCCGGCGGAGUUGUGUAUAAGUUUAAAAUCCGCUAUGGCAACUUCCAGAGUGCUCCUGAACUUGACGACUCUGAAAGUGCUGUCAAGGAGUUAGAGGAAGCAAUUCGAGUCAUCCUUGGAAAUCUUGAUGAUUUACAUCCAUUUUCUACAGACCACUUCACUAUCUUUCCCUAUUUGAGUAAAUGGGAGAGUGUGUCAAGAAUGAGAUUCAAACACAAGAAUGUGUAUCUCAUGCCUUAUCCCUACAUUUGCACCAUGUAUCUAGAGCUCAACUCAUUUCAGCAAGGUUUGUCUUUGGGGAAAGAAAUAAACAGCGACACUUCUGAGCCUGUCAAGAGAAAAAGUGAAAUACCAGAAACUACUGAAGUGGAAGAAAGAGUGAAGAGGAGAAGAGUUGAAGGUCAAGCAGGGAUCUCAUACCCAAAGUUACGUAUUGACAGACCUGGAGCUGAGAGUGUUCACCAUAUAAUUAAAGUAGAGCAUGGAUUUGAAAAGAAUUAUGCCAAAGAAAUUCAGUGUGAGCAUAGUCCAGCAUCCUUCACCGUGGGCUGUAACCAGGAGAGUUUAUGGAGACCUGUGGAAUAUAACACGGGACAAAGAGCAGAAACCAGUCAGCCUGAAGGUGAAAUGCAGGGAUUGCAGCAAAUGGACCAGAUCACAACCAAAGGAACUGUGGAGUCAAAAGGAGGAGGUCUCUCAGCGUUCUGGAGAAGGUACUUAUGUUGCAGCUGUGAGCAGUUCCUACUUAAAGCUGCCUCCUAGUGCAGUAUUUGUUUUCCACUAGGACUGCUUGUUCUCUUAUUUCCUGGAUUUUAAAGGAGAACUGUUUCUUCUGGUGGGUAGAGGUUGUUUACCCAAAACACCACAGAGCAGAGAGGAGAUACUCCAGCUAACAUUACAUGAACUGGCUUGGGUGUGAGAGGAAGCUUCAGGUGUGAUAGCAGGGAGUAAAUACCAUGAGUUAAUUCUUUCACAUGAGCCUCCCGUGCUGCUCUGUCCCUUCUGUGUCUAGGGCUGACUCUGGCAGUUCAGGUGUAGCUCUGUAGUUCAGAACUACACGGUCUUGAAGAGCAGACACAUCUUUUCUGUGGUGGUUAAACCAAGGUCUUCCAAGGUAAAGAAACAUUCCCUCGUGCUUUAUUCUUGUGGGAAGGUGCACAUGCCCAGUAGAUGUUCUCUUGUAGCUGUGUGUGGGAAAACAAUCCCAGCACAGAGUUACUGACCUCAAUCCCUGCCCUCAUAAGAUAAAGAGUGCCAUCUACAGCCAGACAGUUAGAAGACUUUAAUACCUCUCCCAGCAGAGCCUUCCAGGGACCCACCUUCAGCCCCACUAGGGGGAUCCUUCAAAUCCUUAUCAAUCAUAACAUAUGCCAGUCCCAUUAACGACUAGAUCGUGACAGUGCAAGUUAUUCUUUGUGUUUCCUCUCCAUUUUUCCAGCUUCCUCUGAGGCUGUGCUGGGAGCUGUGCUGUUCUGGCAGGCAGAAGCAGCCUCGUGCUUACAAUUCUCAUUAGUAUUUUGGGUAAAACGUUCUGUAUUUGUUUCCCUAGGAUAUUUUUUCCACUGCAGCACCUUCUCGGCAGGAAGCACUGAACUAAUUGUUGUGGAGAGGUCAACUCCUACCCCGAAUACCAGGUUGUGCUGUUUCUUUUGUAAUUCAGCUUUCCUCAUUGCUUGCCUCAGCUAUUCCACGCCCCGCGUUCAGGUUUAUAUUUUCAAACGUACGCACUGAAGGUGUUGGCUUAGAAACGGAACGUCUUCUUCAUCAUCUCCAGUUUUUCGGUUCUCCAUUUUGAAAUUCGUUGUUUGAGCUCCUAAUAAAAGAAACAUCCACUCGGAAGCGAUCGUUGUUUAGGAGGCGUUGGGGGGGGGAGGGGGGGGACACAUGGGCACAGAGCAGCCCUGCA